AUGUCAAAUCUGUCAAAAAUCCAUUUUGAGGCCCUAAAAAUUUCUGGACACAACUAUUUGACUUGGGCCGUAGAUGCUGAAAUGUACUUAGCUGCUGAAGGAAAUGCAGAUGCCAUAAAAGAAGGAAAUAAGGCAUCCGAACAACAAAAAGCAAAAGCAUUGAUAUUCCUUCGUCACCAUAUUAAUGAAGCACUUAAGAAUGAAUACCUCACUGUGAAAGAUCCACUUGUGCUCUGGAAUAAACUAAAAGAUAGAUACGAGCACUUGAAAGCCAUUAUCCUCCCAAAAGCUAGGUAUGAUUGGAUGCAUUUGCGCUUACAGGACUAUAAAUCUGUAACUGCCUAUAAUUCUGAAGUAUACAAAAUUACUUCUCAAUUAGAAUUGUGUGGUGAAAAGGUAACAGAUGCGGAUCUGUUAGAAAAAACAUUUUCAACCUUUCAUGCAUCCAACAUGCUCCUGCAGCAGCAAUACCGUGAAAAGGGGUUUCAAAAAUACUCUGAUUUAAUUUCUUGUCUUUUGGUUGCUGAACAAAACAAUGAGCUUCUAAUGAAAAAUCAUGAAGCUCGCCCUGCUGGUGUAGCUCCAUUCCCUGAAGCGAAUGCAUCACAACACAACCAUUUUGGAGAAGCUCGUGGUCGCGGUCGUGGUCGCGGUCGUGGUCGUGGUCGCGGUCAUGGUCGUGGUCGUGGUCAUGCCCACAAUCCUAAUGGAAAAUUCAAAACCCCAUUUUUCCACCAGAAGUGGAAAAAUAAUGAAAAGAUUGAAAAGGAAAAAGGUGGACAAAAUAGCAAAACAAAUGAAAAUAUAUGCUAUCGAUGUGGUGGCAAAGGUCAUUGGUCUCGUACAUGUCGUACUCCAAAGCAUUUGGUUGACCUUUAUCAGCAAUCACUGAAAAACAAAGGAAAAAAGGUUGAAACUCAUUAUGCUUAUAAUGAUGGUGAUGAUGCUGAUUAUGAUAUUUAUGGUGACCUGGAUACUACUCCUUUGGAUAUUGGUGAUUUCUUUGAAGAUCCAAAUGGAAAAAUUGAUCACCUUAUUGGAGAUGGAACCGUGAAGAAGUAG